CAGUGAUAAAUUGACAUGCGAGUAGUUUGCACAGCUGAUAUUUUGUUUCGCAUUUUCAGGCAAAUACAUGUUUUAAUAGAAUUUGUGAAUUUUGUUUGAGCAAUACCUAAAUAUACAUAAUUAAAUAAAUACAAAACGAAGUAGAAACAAAACUAUCCAACAGACAUUGUUCUACACUCGUGAAUACAAACAAACCCAGAUAUAAACCUGGGUUAUGUGAGCAAAUCGCUCCGACAAAAAACCAAAAACAAAAAAAAAAGAGUUUAUGAAGAAAAACUAAUAAUUAUAAUAUUUCAUUGGCAAAAAUGAGCAAAGCUUUGCAAAGCCUAACUGCACAAUACACAGACUCUGAGAAUGAAGCGGAAAUAGAAGAUGAAAGCCCAGAUUCCUCGAAUUCACAAGCUUCACAGGUAAUCAUACCAAAACAACCAAGUCCAAAAGAAGAAAAAUUUGCAAAAUCACCCAAUAAAAAGGAAAAGAAACGAAGGAAGCGUAAAAAGUCGGUGCGACGUUUGGUGAGCUAUCAAGACGACACUGUGAUUUCCGAUGAUGACGAUGAAGAUGAAAGUGAUGCUUCUGAAUCAAGUAGCCAAUCUGAGAUCGAAGAAGAAAAAGGGGAGACCAGCGCAAAUAGUAAUGCCCAAACAUCAAGAGAUAACAGUAACAGUCUGCCGAUGGAAGUAGAUGAGAAACCUGAAUUAGCUAAUGAUGCAAAAUCACCAAAAAAAGUGGAUAAACUUAGUAAAUAUGCGCAUUACGGCUUCUCAUUACCACCAGAGCCGAAGGGCAAACCAUCAGCUGAAUUGGUAGAAAAAAUUAAACAUCUCUAUGAUAAAAUGGAAACUACUAAUAUGGAUAUGAAUCGUGUUAUACAAGGACGUAAGGAAUUUCGUAAUCCCAGCAUUUAUGAAAAAUUAAUACAAUAUUGUGACAUAAAUGAGUUUGGCACUAAUUAUCCGCCUGAGAUUUAUGAUCCGCUACAGUGGGGUCCGGAAAGCUAUUAUGAAGAAUUGGCACGUAUUCAAAAGAAUGAAAUGCUUAAACGUCAAAAAGAACGCAAAGAUACAGAUAAAAUAGAGCAAGCGACAGCUUUGGCCCGAAAAGUUGAAGAGGAAGCUAAGAAAAGAAAAUCGAAAUGGGAUCAACCAGCCGCUGCUGUUAAAUCUAUACCGCCAACAUUAACUACCACCGUUACCGGUACAAAAGGUACAGUAAUAUCGGCAUUUGGCUCGUUACCAAAAAAGCCCGCUGUUUAAAAACGAAACUUGUAAUGGUAUAAUUGAAUAAUAAAGAAUCUUACUGAUAUGUUAAAAAGUAA